ACUUCCAUGACAGUGCAGCCUCCUUCAUGCUUAUCAAUCAGAUAAGGGCGAGUAGCUUGUGAGAGAGAAAGCUCUUUGCUCUUCGCAUAAAUAGAGUGAGUCGAACCCUUCUCCUCAGUCAUGACUCAUGGCGGCUCCUCAUCAUACCCUCAAGAUUGAAGACUAAAGAGACAACCCGCAAGAGGCAGCCAACCAUGUCUACCACUACCACUCUUCACAACAAGCCAGUUCCGGCUCUAAGACGUCUUUGGUCCAUGUUCGGCACCGAAUCAUGGGACCGAAGUACUUCAACCCCCAAGCCCAAGUCGGAUGAUGACGGGAGAGGUUCCCGUUCCUCCGAAUCCCUCACUCAACAGCCCCUUCUCCCCGCCGGAAGUCUCAAGGGGAACGUAUCCGCCGUGAUCUCUAUCGUCUGGGCAUUUACCAAAAACGACAUCUUCACCUUCUCCCUCCCAUGCGUCAUCUUCGGCGCCGCCCUCUCCCUCGCCAAAGACGCAAGAACGGCACCCGAACCCCCCACGUUCAACCAAGUCCUAUCCCGGCUCCUGGGUAGCUCCAUGUUCCAAUUCAUCAGCCUCCUCCUCUUCGACGUCGACAACCAGCGGGACCCCACCUCCGUAGCCGAGGACCGCAUCAACAAGCCAUGGCGGCCCAUCCCCUCAGGGAUGAUCACGUCCGACCAAAGCCGCCGCCUGGUCCUCUUCCUGGUGCCCCUCACAAUGGCGCUCGGCUACGCCCUCGGCGUCUGGAACGAAGCAUUGCUAGUCGUCAUCGCCGCCUGGGUCUACGACCACCUCGGCGGCGGCGACGAGCCAAUUGUGCGGGAAGUCGUGCUUGGUAUCUCGUAUGCCGUCUUCCAGAUCGCGUCGCUGCGAAUUGCGCUCGGGUCGGGAGAGUACCAUGCUCAGACACAGACGGACAUGGUGGCGGAUGUCAUCAGCCCGAGCGGAUACGCGUGGACGGCCAUCACCGGCACGCUCAUCGCCACUACCAUCCCCAUUCAGGACAUGAAGGACCAGGAGGGUGACCGGCUGCGGCCGAUCCGCAAGACGUUGCCGCUUUUCAUCGGCGAUACGGCAACGCGCUAUUACCUGGCGGUGACAAUCCCGGUCUGGUCGGUUGUGGGAACCGUGUUUUGGAGGACGCCGGGGUGGUAUGCGGUGCCUAUCAUGGUGUAUGGGGGAUAUAUUGCGUGGCGGCUGCUGGCAAAGAGGAAUCGGGUUGCUGAUGAGGCGAGUUGGAGGAACUGGUCUCGUUGGCUUAUGCUUGUGUAUGCGUUGCCUGCGGUGAACGCGUUGAUGCAGUAAGAGACAAACCCAAGGGUGGUUUUUAUGGAGGCUAUUUGGGGAAGAGGAGGUGACCUCUCAACACUCACCACGUUUGUACACCACCCAACCAUUAACGUAUAUAAGGGGCUGUUCUAGUGGACUUUGACAUCACUACUUUGCCCUACGCCUUUCUGGUGCGUUCCGAUGGUUAAUAAAAGAAGGUAUGUUCGAGUGUCUACAGCCCAUUUUCUCGGCUUUUUCCACUUGAAGUCUAAGUGUGAAUGGGAUAUGACACUAACAGCACCCAGCGCGAUUGUGCAAGAAAUCUGAUAGUGGGAUAGCUGACCAAGUCGACUAGCAGCAAGUCGUGUGUCCGAUUGAAAGGAAGGGGGCAAAGAGUGUAAGACUGGCAAAGAAUGAUGAUGCUGGAGAGAAAACUCAAAAACUCUCACUUGCAGAUGAUUGAACGCCGAUAGAUGUUGAUGGCGAUGGUUCGAUGUUUAAGCUUGACGUUC